GGACUGGCGUUGGGGGAUGCGGCCCGGUGCUCUCCUCGCUUGCGGUUUCCGGCACGAGGCGCCGCCCGGGCCCAGCGCCCGCUCGCCGGGCCCGGCCCUGGCGGGAUUCGCAGCAGUGCUCUCGGUGCUAGGCGCUGUACAUGGCGCACAGCGGGACGGGCCCCGCCCCGCCCCCCAGCGCUAAUACUCCGCCAAUCAAGGCUGGAAUCUUCAAAAUUAGGACUAGACUCCACUUGCCACCUUCCUUUGGGCAAUCUCUACCAAGGGAGUUAUCAACAAGAUUGUGGAAAAAAGAAGAUAAGUGCCUACCCCAUUGCUUUGGGACCCAUAUGUUCUUACAGCCACAGAGAUGGCAACCUGACAGUGCUUAUUUUUAUCCUGGGACAGGGCUGGCACCAUACAGAUGUGCUGGCAGCUUAACCUCCACCAACAGAGUCUUGGAAAAGUCAAUGCCUGAGAACAAAGAACAGUUCAAACUGGUCUACAAGUUUCCAGGAAUUAAAUAUUGUAGAAUAUUUUCAAGAAUGAAGUUGCUACAGACUGCUCUAACCGUAGUCAUCCUCCCACCUGUCUAUCAUCUCUAUCUGCAGGAACAAGUUUCUCAGGGUUUUGUGUUGUAUGUCACUGGCACUGCUUGCUUUGCUGCUGCAAUGCUGUAUGGUAUAAGUUAUUUUCUCAGACGAAUGAUUGGACUGAUGUACUUAAAUGAAGCUGGCACCAUGGUAAAAGUGGCACACUUGACAUUUUGGGGAAGAAAGAAAGAAAUUUAUUGUCCAGUUGAAAGUGUGAUGACCUUGGGUGACACUGGAGAUGCCAAGAAUGAAGUACUGCUCCAGUUUAAACAGCAUAAUAGUACACAGGUUUUAUAUUUUACUCUAAAGUUUGGCCAUAUUGUGGAUAAACAGAGGUUUGCCCAAAUUUUUGGAGUAUUGUAGAAACUCAUUAAAUGCAAUGACCAACAUUU